GUCAUGAGACCGUUAACUGAAGAGGAGACAAAAGUUGUGUUUGAGAAGCUUGCCAACUACAUUGGUAGAAAUAUUGCUUACCUAGUGGAUAAUAAAGAAGAUCCUCAUGUUUUCAGAUUACAAAAAGAUAGAGUGUAUUAUGUCUCUGAUAAAAUUGCAAAAUUUGCAACUUCAGUUGCUAGACCAAACUUAAUGUCUGUUGGUAUCUGUAUGGGUAAAUUCACAAAGACUGGUAAAUUCAAAUUACAUGUUACUUCCUUAUCAAUCUUAUCCAAAUAUGCUAAAUAUAAAAUUUGGAUCAAACAAAAUGGUGAAAUGCCAUUUUUAUAUGGUAACCAUGUUUUGAAAGCUCAUAUUGGAAGAAUGUCUGAUGAUAUACCUGAACAUGCUGGUGUUAUAGUGUAUUCAAUGAGUGAUGUCCCAUUAGGUUUCGGUGUCAGUGCUAAAUCAACUUCAGAAACUAGAAACCAACAACCAACUGCAAUUUCAGCAUUUAGACAAAGUGAUAUUGGUGAAUAUUUGAGAGAAGAAGAUACAUUAUUCACUUGAAGAGAAUAGAGAAGUCUUGUAUAUUAGAAAAAAAAGAAUUGUUACG